AUGGGAAACAAGAGAAGCUCUGAGCUCAUGCUCUUCCGCCUGUUUUUUGCUGCUCUUUGCCUCGAGGCAUUUACCAUAGGGAUAACAAUUUACUGUCCAUCUCAGAAGUUGAACUGGACAGCAGCGAGACUGUACUGCCAGAGGAACCACAUUGACUUUGUAACUUGGAAGGUAGUGCACACAUCCCAGCUGGCUAAGUUUUUGGUGGGCAUUAAGGUCAAACAAACCUGGAUCGGUCUACUCAGAGACCCUGAAAAUGCCACAGUCUGGAAGUGGAUAAAUGUAAAAAGUGGAACGGGGAUUUCAGGAGACGACCUCUCACAGAGCAGCUACUGGGCCCAUGGAGAGCCCAGCAGUAACUGUGCAGUUGUGAAAGAGGAUUUAAAGUGGCACAGUGUGACGUGUUCAGAUGCACAUGAUUUCUACUGCUCGGAAAAGGAAAACACUUACCAUCACAACAAUAGCCUUAACUGGCACAACGCUUCUCAGUACUGUAAGAAUGAAAGUGAUGGUGACCUAGCCACCAUCACCAUAACAAACGCUGAUGAAUUAACAAAACCUGGCUGGAUUGGACUGUACCGAGAGGCUGGUGAGACCUGGAGCUGGAUCGGACAACAGACGUCUGACUACAGAAACUGGGCCCACGGAGAGCCACUCACCGCUGACUGUGGCUCUUUUUAUCCUGGAAAUGUAACAUGGCACAGCAGCAAGUGCUCCGACAAGCUUAGCUUUGCCUGCUACGAUGACGACAUGGUGGUGGUGAAUGAGAACAAGACAUGGGAGGGUGCCCUGAUGCACUGCAGGGGCAUGGGAACCCGGUGUGAGGACUCCUUGGAGCCCUGCACAUACCUCUAUGACCUCCUGAGCCUGAACGUCUUGUCUAACUAUGUCAUCGACAGGAUCUACAGAGCCACGACCGAUGAGGUUUGGACAGGCCUGCGCUUCCUGGGAGGGGAGUGGUGGUGGGCGGAUGGAAAACAGCUGGGAGACCAGGGGAUGCUGCCUGACUGUCCGUCCCAGUGGAAACACUGUGGGACCCUGUCCAAAUACAACACGAAGAACUGGAUCACCAGGGACUGCUCAGAAAGAAGAAACUUUGUCUGUUACAAAGUAAACGUCUAAUAGUAAUCUAAUAGUAGCUAAUAAAACAAAGUCAGAGCAUGUUUAGGUUUUAGAACUUUUCAAUUCUCCAUUGUUAAAGCCUUGUUUUGUCUGUAGCGGUACACAUUGAGCUCUCUCUGUUAGAAGGUUUUAUAUUCUUUAGUGAUCAUCUUUUGUUGAAAAUAGAAGAUUAGGUACUCAGAUAUGUAUAUUUCCUGA